CUUUUUUCCCCUUUUAAUUUACUUACCAUCACAAUGGUUAUGAUGGUCAUGUCAAAGUUUUGAAAUCUGUAUUUAAUGAAAUCAGGAACAAACAAAAAAAAAUUACUGAUUCAUUCAUUCAUGUAUUAUUAUUCAUAAAGAAAGAGAUGAUUAUCGAUGAUUAAAUGAACAAUUUCUGUUCAACCAGAUUAAUUCCAAAAUAUCCUGAUCACAUUCGCUCACAUACUUGUAUUCAAUUCAUUCUGGUGUGACGAUAGUGUUGAUCAUCUCUUUCAGUACAAGUCAUUUAUUGUCAUUUUUCAAUUUCAAAAAAAUCGACACAAUGCCAACACAUUUCAGACUCGGUCAUCUUAAAGAUCCCGAAAUCGCACAAUAUUUUGAUAAAGAAGAUCCUGAAAAAAUAUUCACCGAUCUUCGUGAAAUUGGACAUGGAAGCUUCGGUGCCGUUUAUUACGCUCGAAAUGUCAUUACAAAAGAAGUGGUCGCCAUUAAAAAGAUGUCCUUCACUGGCAAACAAUCUACAGAAAAAUGGCAAGAUAUCUUAAAGGAAGUAAAAUUUCUUAAAACCUUAAAAAAUCGUAAUACUAUCGACUAUAAAGGAUGCUAUCUAAAAGAUCAGACAGCAUGGUUAGUGAUGGAAUAUUGUCUUGGAUCAGCAUCCGAUAUCAUUGAAGUGCACAAAAAACCAUUGAGGGAAGAAGAAAUAUCUGCUAUUUGUCAUGAUUCUCUCAAAGGCCUCGAAUAUUUACAUUCACAAAGUCGUAUACAUCGUGAUGUAAAGGCGGGCAACAUUUUACUUACCGAAAAUGGCGCAGUCAAAUUAGCCGAUUUCGGUUCAGCAUCGAUAAUCUCGCCUGCCAAUUCAUUUGUCGGUACGCCAUAUUGGAUGGCACCCGAAGUUAUUCUAGCCAUGGAUGAAGGUCAAUAUGAUGGUAAAGUAGAUGUUUGGUCAUUGGGCAUAACCUGUAUAGAAAUGGCGGAACGAAAACCACCAUAUUUUAAUAUGAACGCUAUGAGUGCCUUAUAUCAUAUUGCCCAAAAUGAUUCACCUACUUUAAGCUAUGCCGGAUCUAUUGAUUGGACCGAUUUAUUUCGAAACUUUGUCAAUUCUUGCCUGAAAAAGAAUCCUAAUGAACGACCAACAUCAAGUGCAAUGUUGAAGCACUCAUUCAUAACCAGACCACGUUCGCACACAGUGAUCAUGGAUUUAAUCAAUCGAACAAAGACGGCUGUCCGUGAAUUAGAUAAUCUGAAUUAUCGUAAAAUGAAAAAAAUAUUAAUGGCCGAUAAUCGCAAUUCAGAUCUUCAAAGUCAAAGUUCUCAAGUUGAUUAUGAAAGUGAUAUAAAUGAAGAAGUCAUACAACAUAAUAGCCGCAAUAAUGCUAACAACAAUAAUAAUCGCAAUAAAGCCGGCAACAGCAAUAUGAACAACUAUUCUCAUCAUCAUCAACAACAGCAACAUUCUUAUUAUCAGAAUCAUCAACAAUACCAUGGAUCAAAAAAUCAAUCUCCACAACAGCAGCAGCCAAAUUAUCAAAAUCAACAACCAUUAUAUGGAAAUAUUGUCAAUAAUUAUAAUAAUAACGGUAAAAGUAAUAGUGUGGCUAGCUAUAAUAGCCGACAAAGUACAAGCCAAAUUAGCAUAUGUAGUCAAAGCAGUAGUACGAGUAGCAUACCAACUGCUAAUAAUUGUGUAAAUGAUGUCGAUGCUUAUCGUAAUCCAAUAACGAUCCGGCGUGAAAGUACAAGUUCGAGCACAGGUGGAGGUGGCAUUUCUAAUCAGACAAAUCGAAUCAGUCCAUCGAAUUCUUCGGCCAGCAUAAAUAGCACUGAAUUGGGUGCCAAUAAUUUUGCUACCUUACGUACUACUUCGAUUGUUACUAGGCAAUUAAAAGAACAUGCCCGGGAUAAUCAGCUACAAGAACAAAUGUCCGGUUAUAAACGGAUGCGUCGCCAACAUCAGAAAGCAAUCAUGCAGCUAGAAGAUAAAUGUCGACAAGAAUUUGAAGAACAGCAACAAAAAUUAGACAAAGAAUAUGAUGCAUUAUUACAGCAAUUCAAAAAGGAUCUGGAAAAACAAAUCACCAAACAACAGCAAGAAUUAGAAAAAAAGUCAAAAGUCAAUUCAACACAACAACGUAAGAUUGGCAAAUCGAUACUAAACACACAAAAAGACGAAUUCAGCCGCGCACAGAUUCAACAAAAACGUGAAUUCAAAUGUGUCAAAGAUAGACUGAAACGUGAAUACCCACACGAUGAAUACAAAAUGCGGUUAGAACAAGUGCAAAGAGAUCAACAUCUUAAAUUACAAAAUCUACAACAACAGAAUGACGAAUAUUUUAAAUUGGAAAUACGAAAAUUUCGUCGCCGUAAGCAAAUUCAAUUUCAUCAACUAGAAAGGGAAAUGUUACGCGAUGAGCUUAAUAAACGACAAAGUCAAUUGGAACAUGCACAUGAGAUGUUAAUGCAACAUCAUGAUAUAUUCCAAGAUCUUCAAUAUCAACAGCAAAAAGCUAUCCAUCAAUUACGUGAGGAGCAAAUUCGUAAUCAGCAUUCGAUUGAAUUAGCCAAUCAACAGGAAUACAUUGAUCGACGAUUGAAAGAAUUACGUAAAAAGCACGCAAUGGAAGUGAAGCAACAACCAAAAAGUCUCAAACAAAAAGAAUUACAGAUACGAAAACAAUUCCGUGAAACGUGUAAAACACAAACACUUCAGUAUAAGGCCUGGAAGGAACAAAUAUUGAGUUCCACACCAAAAGAUGAACAGAAAAAUGUCAUCAAAAAAUUGAAAGAAGAACAAGUUCGAAAGUUACAGAUUUUAGGCGAACAAUAUGAACAAAGCAUAGCAGAUAUGCUUCAAACACAAUCGAUACGAUUGGAUGAAGCACAAGAACAAGAAGAAAAUGAACUAAGAAAUCAACUUGAUCAAGAGCUUGAAUCGUUGAGAGCUUUUCAAAGCAAAAUCCGAUUAAAUGCCGAAGCACAACGUGCCAAAGAACGUGGUGAACUAGAAGAAAGAGUCCGUAUCGAUAAGAUGAAAUUGGAGAAAAAGAUGGAAGAUGAACGUCAACAAUUUCAGAAUGAACGAAAUGAACGUAAACGUUUAUUACUUGAACGUCAAGCACAGGAAAUUGAAAAAUUUGAUCUAGAAAGCACACAAAUGGGCUUCAAUGCUUUGGCCAUUGCAGAUGCAUCCACUGAGCCAUACCCACAAUUUAUGGAUAACGAUGAUUCUGCCAGUGUUAGCGGCAGUUUAUUAUCGCUUGCUCAUAGUAAUAGCGCAACGUCUUUCACUCAUACUGCCCUAUAGCAUUCUACAUUUUUCCAAAUUUCCUCAUUGUUUUGCCAAAUAUAAUGAAAAUUCGCUAUUCUGUUAGAACA